AUGGCUACCUUCUCAAGUCUUUCAACUGAGAUGAAAGCACACAUAUUCAGCUUCAUCCGUCUAGAACUAGAUCAGGCGACUGUUUGUCUUGUGAGCCAUGAAUGGAGAGAGAUUAUGGCGCCUUUGUUGUGGGAGUCACUCACGUUCGAAUACCAGAGUAUCUCAACGGCGAAGUUCAUCACACUGAUACGUCCUGACAGUGGUAUAAUCCGCCACGUCCGUCGAAUCUUCAUCGACUACGAUCCAGAAAGCCUGGAUGAUAGCAUCCCACAACAUAUCCAGGCUGCCAUCGAGCUCACCAUCAAUACGCUACCAAAAAAUACCCUGCGCAGCUUCAGAAGUCGUGUUGCUUUGGCGCCCAGAUUUCUACUUAAUCUGCUCCGACAUCAACAGAAAAUGACUGGGUUGGAGGUUCCAACGGAUGAUCCAAAUGAGAACGUCUCUAUCGACUCCGGGAUUGUCACGCAUGGAGCCUGGAUCUCUACUGCGUUGUGCGAAUUGAAAUGGCUAAGUGUCUAUAUCGGGUCAGGGGAUUACACGUAUCAACACAGCGCAUACAUGAUUAGAAACGCACCAAAGCUUAUAGACUUGUGCAUUGACUCUGAUGGUGACGAACAAGCUCCUAUUCGUGGCGAGCAGAGCUGUGACGCCUUUGGUGGACCGUAUGCGGAUGAUGUCGCUGUGCAGCCGCUGCAACUUACGCGCUUUCGAUUACAAUGGAUCGCCUUGAGUCUAUCUCAUGGAAGAUUACUUAAGUACGUCAAUCUUCCUGGGCUCCGAUCACUCGCGCUCAUAUGUUGUCAUGGCAUUGGACCGUUCCUGAUGGCCAUCGCGACACAGUUAUCUCUGAGCUGUAACCUGAUCGAGUUGGGAAUUGUAAUGUCACAAGCUCUCAUUGUGCAGGAUGAUAAUGUGGUCCAAGGAAUUGAGGCUGUACUGGAUUCCUGCUCUGGCCUGCAAUCCCUUUGGAUAAACGUAGACAAAGCAAGGAUGGUAGAGCCUUCGUGCAUUACUCGACAUGGCCAAACUUUGCGGAAGCUUGGAAUUAGUAUUGACCCCGAGAAUGCGGUAUAUUACUCGGUCUCCGAUCUCCAUGCCAUUUUGACAUCGGCUUCACAUCUGGAGGAGCUAGCUGUACAUAUCCCUCCAAUUGAGAUGGGCAGUCUUCAGUCUCUCGGCACAAAUUUCAAUCUCAGAGUACCGUACAAUGGGUAUUUCGACGUGCCUACUCUCUUGGUGGCAUUCCUAACUUGCAUCGCCUGUCAUCCAACACUCCACACCUUGCGUAUACUUUCGUUGCCUGAGAUUAACCACGGCUUCCCACCAAAUACAAUUCGACUAGAUCGUGAACAUGUCCCUGAUGACCUCGUCCCGAGCAUUAGCACGACGAUACAGAAGCUCGCAACAGAAGCAAUGUGCUUUUCCGGCAAGGCGGGCUCCCACAUUAAAGUGCUCGGUAUAUGCCCCGACGAUUUACCUCAGUACCGUCCGAAGCCUGACAGUAACGGCCACAGAUGGCCGAAGUACUUCUACAUACGUGGCCAUAUUUGGGAUCCGAUGAGCAGUGAGCGAAUUACGGCAGUUCCUAUCCCUAUCAAGAACUUGUCUGAGGGCUCGGUGUUUAACUUUGACUAUAUUUCUACGGCAAUGUAG